CUUAACGAACUGCCGGUUUUACGCGUUUACGAACCUCACUUUACGCGCGCGCGCUGACCGAAUUUCGGCUGGACGACGACUACGCGUCGCCGUCCGCAAGAUCACAGUAAUGAUUGCGACUCCGAGGGAUACGACAACUGCCACGCCGUCGAUCAAUUUAACGGCAGCCCCGAAGAGGACCGCCGACAUCAUUGACCUGACUCUUGACGACUACGACGACGACGACAAAACUCCCCCAGCCUCCAGCUCACGGCUUCCAGACACCGAACCGCCUCGAAAGAAGUUUCGAAUAGACUAUGGCCCCAAGUCUCCUGUCGACCCGAAUGGUGGUGACCCUGAGGUGUACACCGAGUGCCUGAACAAGCAGGUCAGGCCAUUCAUCACUCAGGCGCUGCUCGAACUUCCGGUUGAGAAGUUCAAGGUCGCAGAGAUCGCUCGAACGGUGAUCAAGGAAGUGUACCGUGCCGCUAUAGAAGAAGAAACAAUCGACAUCAACAACGGCCGCCUGACCCAAAGUGCAGUCAACAAGCUAGUCUUCAUCGCACGUUUUUGUAUUAAAGACUAUUGCGACAAUCACGAGGAAUUCAGGAAACAGCCGAAGCCUCCUGCUCCUACUCCUCCUUCUCCGCCCCCGCCUGCCUAUACACCCGCACCGCGCGGUCGGAAUUUCAAGUUCAAUCCUGCUAUCUUUACUGGUAUUCCGGUACCCCUCCACCCGGACGGAUAUCGCGGGUCAAGGCUUGCUGCCCAAGGUCCUUCGACAGCCCCAGCGAGGCCAGCGCCGCGGCCGGCGAAGAAACAGGCCAAACCGAAGCCUCCACCGAAGCAUCGACGAGAGCCUCAGCCGGUGCCUGAGCCAGAGCAUCAACCCGAGCCCGAGCAAGAGCCCGAACCACAGCCUCAAGCUCCAGCCACAGAACCCCGACCAACGAGGGCGCAAGCCAGGUCCUUCAAGUCAUGGAAGGCACUCGACUCACAAGCCAAGGCGGCGGCUACUCCAGGCCACAAGGCCAAAGUAGCCUGGAUGACGAUGGCGCGGCGGCCGUACACCACAACGGAAGAGCGUCAAACGAUUCUUCGCGGCACCUCCAAGCUUGUCCGAAACGUACCACCGGCGGCGGCAGCGCUGGGCUCACUGCCCUUCCACGUCGACUUUACGCCAGACGAGCUGGACGACGUUCGGAGAAUAGUGCGGGCCAUGUGCGACAAGAAGGUCAAGCACAAGCGGAGAAACGACACCGACAGAGAGCUGGGCAAGAUGCUGAGGAAGCGGCCUGACCUGCUCACGGCUAUACCGCCCAUGAUUGAGCUCAAGGGAAUGCUUGCGCAACGAGACCACGUUGCGAUUCGGAACUUCCUCGACGAGUUGGCAAAUCGGCAUAAAAAACCGGCCCGGCAUCCAAAGGUGCUGACGUUGGAGGUGGACGAGUCCGAUAAGCAGGGCGAGGCACAGCGUACCAGUCAGAUCUCUGCGCUCCUGUUGGCGCGAGAAAUUGAUGGCAACAGAGGGUUUGGCCGGAUGCGUCGCCACGUUAACUUCACCAAUGAGUUUAGGAAGGCUCAUGAAGAUGAUAUGGAGAUGCGGGCAGAGUGGGUGGGCUGCGCUGGUGACAUUAUGACGAUUGCGUGGACUUCAGAUACCAACUUCAUCUGCGGUGCCACAGCUCACUCCGAUUCGCACAACCAGCAAUACAAUAAGGCCGGUAACCUUUUGCUCUGCUCGACGACGUUGGGUCAGCUUAAGGCGUAUCCGGACCACAGAAUCCCUCGACCAAUUGUCGAGAAGGGCGAGAACUCCACAGAUGCUAUGAGGGAAAGCCAGAGCCCGUGGCUUUACUCAUCCGUCGUGUCUUCUGACUAUGAUCGCAUUAACAACCGUGCUUACACGUCUAGUUUUGACAAGACUGUCAAGGUGUGGAGCGUGGACGAUAGAGGAGCAAAUAUGGAGGUUUUAGGCACCUGGGCACACGCGGGCAACGUCAACUUCGUGGCUGUCUCUAAGCGUGAAUCCGGCAUGGUGGCGACUGCCGCCGAUGUGUCCACCCAGGCUGUCCGAGUUUACCGCGUUGACAACGACAACGUAUCUCAGAGCCCGUACCAGAUAUUUACAGGCUCUAGAGCGUGGGAUGAAGGGAACGAAGAGACGAUAGCGACCCAGAAAUGGGCCUACUUCCCGGCAACAAUGCAAUGGGGCUUGGCUGAAGGCGUGCAACACCUGCUCCUCGUUGGCUACUCUCCUCGCAGUCUCACUGGGGACGAUAACGACAUUCCUGAUGAGAAGCUGAACACUGGCGAGAUCUGUCUUUGGAACUGCCUCACGGGCGAAAAGAUCAAGGUCUUGACGGCAUCUACACAAAACGUCUUUGAGGUGGUUUGGCAUCCCACCCUACCGAGCUUCAUCGUGGCAACGUCGCCAGCUGGAUUGAUGAUCGACGACCAGACUCUGACGCAGAUUCGGAUCUUCCGCCCUAGCUUGACACCUGAAGGCGAUACUGCCUUUAGUGAGAUGCAGUGCCUGGACUGCCCGGCCAAGGAUAUCAACGAGCUCACCAUCAAGCCGAACAGCGUCCUCUGCUCAUACGUGACUGCGGCUUGCACCGAUGGCAAGGUCUACGUCUGGGAUACCUCACGAGGUGACAAGCCUAUCCACGCUCUCCGGCAUAAGAAGCCGAUUGACGAAAUCUUGGGAAAUCGAGACGAAGUGGACGUGGGUGUCAAGUUUACGGCGUGGGGCACCACUGCGGAUCGCUUCUAUACAGGCGGAUCAGACGGAGUAGUUAAGGUGUGGAACGUACGCAACUUGCGGCAGCCCCUCGUCCGCGACCUCUUGGAAGCUCCUGGAGCUAUAGCAUGCGGAGCCUUUUCUCCAUGCCACUCGAGGCUUGUUAUCGGAGACGCUAGCGGCCGAGUGGGGGACGAGCCUCCAGCCAAGUUUGUCCUACCCCCGAUGCCGCCGGGUAUGCGACCCCGUCGUCCCCACGCCGAUCCUUCGGCGCCGCACCAUCAGAAUCAGGAGCAAAACCAAGAACCCAAGACGGGCCUCAUGCGUCACCCGGACGCCACCGUCGGCGUCAUCCAGGGGCCGGCGUAUUCCACCCUCGGCCUGCACUGCCCCAAAUCGCACUUUGAGGGCGACGCAUCCCAGCCGUUACUGGCCAAAGUCGAAGAGAUUCAGCAGGAGAACCAAAAGAUGUUCCGCCGCAGGUCGUUAAGAGUCGCCCGCCUCCGGCCGCUAACCGACGUGGGCUCCGUGGCGCUCGAGCGUCGGCAUGCGGGGAACGGGCUCGACGAGAUGACGAAGCUUGAUUUGCUCAUGGACCAGGUGAAUAUCGACGAUCCUAUUUACGAUGAGGGCUGGGAUUACGAAUAUGAGGAAGGGGACCUCGAAAAGAGCAUUUGGGCUACGCUUUCGGAAGGAGCGGAAACACUUUAAAGAAGGGCUGAUAUUGCCCUUAUCGGAUACAAGCUUGUUUAGCUUAUGGCCUUUAUGAGUUCAGAAGGCCGAUGUUGCCUUUACUGGACACGAGCUCACCUAGCUGAUGGCCUUCACAAGCUGAGGGAGGAUGUAGAUAAUUCUGUUAGAUGAAUACCAAGACUUACGACAUUAAACUGAGGUUCUAUUAAUGAUGCGAAAUAGUAGCUGCUUGAUUCUGUCUUGAAGCUUAGGGGCUUGCUUCUUUUUUUUAGCAUUUAUAUCGAUUCAUUAAGACGAAC